CAUCUCAAAACCUUGGCUUAUAAUAUUCAUGAUGGAAUUGAGUCUGCAGUUCAAUUAUAUAACUUUCACAAUACUAUAUUAAAAUCUAUUGAAUUAAAUAUAAAUGAUUUACAUGUUAAUUUUCAAAACUUAAACUCUGAAAAUUCUCAAUCAGAUCAAUUUUUAGAUUCGAUUGCUUGUGCCUGCGACAAGUCAUUAAUUUCUCGUGAUGCAUAUCAUCAGCUUGCAGCUAUCAUGCCAGAAAUAGCAUAUGAAUAUAAAAUUGAAAAAUGUCAACAAGAGAUAACAAGAAUUAUGAAUCAGAUGAUUCCAAUUCACAUAAUUCAAGUUAAUUCUGUAACUUCGAAUGGAGCUUAUAGAUCACUUAGGAAUAUUUUAUUUGUUAUAAUUUAUAAAUUAACAGAUGAAAAAUCAGCAGUGUUACAAGUAGGAGAUGUUAUUUAUAUUAAAUUAAAUGGAGAUGGGUGA